AUGUCUUAUCCCCCAUUUGAGCUAGGAAAAAGUCGAUAUGAUCUCGACACCUACUGGGGAAGAUUUUUACACUUCGUCAAUGUUAUUGAUCCACGAACAUUAUUUGUCAGCAAUACUAAGUUAAAUGAAUGCCGUCAAUUGCUUGAGCAAUAUAAGACAAAAACUUUACCGUCAGGUAUCACAGACAAAGACUUAUGGGAAGCACAAAAGACCGUACAAGCUAUUCUUCAUCCUGAUACAGGGGACAAAAUUUUUAUGCCAUUUCGAAUGGCAGGAUAUGUACCAUUCGGUACACCAAUUGUUGUUGGUCUUCUUCUACCAGAUCCAACGCUUAAACAAAUCAUUUUUUGGCAAUGGCUAAAUCAAAGUCAUAAUGCUGGUGUUAAUUAUGCAAAUCGAAAUGCAACACAACAUACGCCUAUAUCAAAAUUUGUUACUGGAUAUUUAAGUGCAGUUACUGUUUCAGUUUCUAUUGCUGUUGGUCUCACAAUGGCGAUUCGUCGAGCAAAAUCACUUCCACCAACACUUAAAACUGUUGUACAACGAUUUGUACCAUUACCUGCUGUCGCGUGUGCUAGUACCUGUAAUGUUAUUUUUAUGCGUUAUCACGAAUUAAAUGAAGGUAUCGAAGUAAUCGAUGAACAGAAUAAUCCUAUAGGUGUUUCAAAAGUAGCAGCUAAAAAGGCUCUAACGGAAAUGGCAAUGACACGUGCUUUUUUACCAGUACCAAUACUUUCCAUUCCACCGCUUAUUUUGUUAGCAUUUGAAAAAAAUCUACUUCGUCGUUUCCCACGUCUUAGUUUACCAUUAAAUACGCUUGCAUGUACCUUUUCAUUUGGUUUGGCAUUACCAAUAUCAAUUGCAUUAUUUCCACAAAGAUCCAAAGUCUCAAUCAAUGAACUUGAAAAAGAAAUUCAAGCGAAAACAAAUCAACCUUAUGUUUACUAUAACAAGGGACUCUAA